AUGGCAGAUCGAAUGGACGUCAAUCGCCGCGUCGCCGCGGACGACGCCCUCCUGAAGCACAGUGGCCAUCGCAUGAAGCGAGCCGUCAGCGCUGAUGCAAUCAUCCCAGAGGACGAUCUGGUCGACUUUCGGGAUCGCAGGGAAGAAGGUUCCCUACCCGUCACGCCCGAGGGGCAGAGUGGCUGGUCUAACAAAGAGCCUACAGUGAGCAAGCACAAGAAAUUCCUUGUGAGUACAUUGUUUCAAUUCCACAGCGUCUGCGUUUUCAAGCUCAUGCUGGAGAAGCCGCGUGUCAUGGAAAUCUUCACUGGCCCAUCCAGCCCAGCAGGAAGCCAGCAGCAACCUCACGACACGAACAUUGAAGACCUCCGAUCUUGUCUCGACGCAGAGCAAAAGAUUAAUUCAGACCUCAACACGCAGGUGAAAAAGGCUCAAAGCAGGAUUCAUCGACUGGAGAAAAAGUACAAUCGGCUUGUUGAGGAAAGGAAUGAUGCCCAGGAGGAAUAUCAGGCCCUGUCAGCGCACGCAGCGGCCUUGCACAAAGACCUGGAAUCCGAGAAGCAGGAUCAUCGCAAGGACGUAUCGCGACUCGAGGACCAGAUCAGGACUCUUACUCGCACCAGCGACCAACUCCGUCAGAUGCUCGUUCCGGUCUCCGAGAAGCAGACUCACGACAUGGAUGUGAUUGCCAAGUUCAACACCCUGAACAAGAGCAUCAUAGGCCUUACCAGGCAGACAUGGAAGACGGCAUUCAAGCCAGGUGUUGACUUCAGACGGAUGUCGGGUCCACAGCAACACCUCUUGGGGCCAAGCAUUCCCAUAUCAUACGAUCGACUUCAGUCUUUGGUUUUCAUGGGCAUUGACGAAUGCAUCUUCGGCCCGCAGCAAUAUUUUCUUGGACGACGUUUCAGGGAGAUGGAGGAGCAUAUCCAAGAGGUGGAGAAAGAUUUGAACAGAAACAUGACAGGUGACGAUCGUCAACGGAUCCUGGAGUGGCGCGAUGCUACCUUCAAGGUGACAGAGAGCUUCAGAGACAACGGCUCCCAGCUGGCUUUGGAUGCUCAACACGACAUCUGGGACUUUUUCAGUGUUAUUGAUGUGAGGGAUGCAGCGGCAGAGAGAGCCGGGCAAAAGAAGCUCAAAGAAAUCUGUGAAAAUGCUGCUGAGCUCAGCGUCAUGAUUCGCCAGCUGAAAGACUACUUCAAUAUCGACAAUCUGGCCAGCACUUUGGGCAAGCCUGUCUCCGAGUUUGAAGAGUGGGCUGAGGAGUUCGCCUGCGUCCCAGCUCCUGCGGGCUGUCAGCCCGGCACGAUCGCGUAUGUGAUUCACGGGGCAUUGAUGAAGAGCCCGAAGGAGAACCUAGAACGAGUCUUGGUGCUCCAGAAAGCGCUGGUUGCCGUCUUCGAGUAA